AUGUAUAAAGAAGCACGGUAUCUCAUUUUUUUCUUAACCCUACCCUCUUCACUGCAUUCUCUAUUUUCUUCCGGCCAUCAAAGAACACACGCUUCCAUCCUCUCCCCUUCAACUCGUCGGACUUCACAGAGGACCACCGCCGACCAUCGCAUACCGUCUUCGUCACACACACCACCGCCGUCACAGGCCAGUGUCGCACGUACUGUAGACACCACCACACAUUUUCCUCCCUCCCACCUUCUCUCCGAUCUACUUCCCUCUGUUGGCGACGCCGCCACCGAAAGCCCGACUAGCGACGCCCUCCACAUCCUCAAAGUCAUCGAUUCUCGAGUUCUAGGUUUCUAA